AUGGCUCGGUUCGAUAUCCAGGUGUCGACGCUACCGAACCAGCUGCGUGUGGCGACCGAAGCGGUGCCAGGCCACUUUAGCGCAGUCGGUGUCUAUGUGGAUGCGGGCUCGCGCUUCGAGCGCCCAUGGGUGCCUGGUGAAAGCGGCGUGAGUCAUAUACUCGACCGCAUGGCAUUCAAGAGCACGAGCACGCGGUCGUCAUCGGACAUGGAGCAGCUGAUGCAGUCGGUCGGUGGCAAUGUGAUGUGUGCAUCGUCGCGCGAGACGAUGAUGUACCAGUCGUCGGUGUUCAACCAGGACGUGCGCAAGGUGCUAGAGAUCUUUGCCGACACGAUCCAGAACCCCACACUCGAUGCGGCCGAGCUGGCCGUGCAGCGCGAGGCGGCGGCCUGGGAGGUGAGCGAAAUUUGGAGCAAGCCUGAGAUGAUUCUUCCCGAAAUGGUGCACGCUGUUGCCUUUAAAGACAACACGCUUGGGCACCCUCUAUUGUGUCCGUUGGAGAGCCUUGAUGUGAUGACCACAGACAAUUUGCGCGAGUACAUGCGCCAAUGGUACCGCCCUGAGCGGAUCGUCGUGGCGGGCGCAGGCAUGGCACACCACGAACUCGUGUCGAUGGCGUCGGAGCUGUUUGGUUCGAUGCGCAGUGAGCCGCAGGACCCGGUCGUAGCGCAGCUUGCGAACGAACGUGCGCGCUACACGGGCGGCGAGCUGUACAUACCGGACGCCUCGACUGAGUUCACACACGUGUACGUGGCCUACGAGGGCCUGUCGAUACAUGACGACGACAUAUAUGCGCUGGCCACCAUGCAGAUGCUGCUCGGUGGCGGCGGCAGCUUCAGCGCGGGUGGUCCGGGCAAGGGCAUGUACAGCCGCCUGUAUACCAAUGUGCUCAAUCAGUAUCACGCUGUCGACCACUGUGCGAGCUUCCACCACUGUUACGCAGACACGGGCGUGUUUGGCCUGUCCGCGAGCGUGCACCCGAGUUUCAAUACGUCGGUGCCGUAUAUGAUUGCGCGGGAGCUCGAGCUCUGCACUUCUGGCAUGUACCGCAACUGUGUCACGAAGAAUGAGUGGGAGCGUGCCAAGAACCAGCUCAAGAGCAGCCUGGUCAUGGCACUCGAGAGCCGCCUCGUCGAGGUGGAGGACCUCGGGCGUCAGGUGCUCGUGCACGGCCACAAAAUUACCGUGAACGAGAUGUGCCAGGCGAUUGACCGUCUCACGCUCGAUGAUCUUCACCGCGUCGCGAAGCGCGUGUUGAUGAGCGGAAAGCCCAGCACAGUCGUAGCGCAGGGCGAGCUCGAGGGGCUCGGCGAUGUGCGUCAGCUGCUAGCAUCACGGGGUAUGUAG